AGACGCAAUUAAAUAAACGCCAAAGCCCAGACGUUUGCCAAAAGAAACAAACCAAAAUCUAGAAACGCCUACAGGCCACAGCGACUGGGAUCUCUUAUUACCACCAUAACCGCCUUUUUCUUAUGCAAUUUCCCAUUUCCAAUUUCCUGAAGCGACACGAAACUCACAAAAACACAACUUCCCUUACCUGAAGUUCCUAUCUCAAAAACCCUUAAUCAAAUCCCUAAUUUCCCCCAUUCUUUAAUUCAAUCAAACAUGCCUAAGAAGAUGGGCGUCAACAGCAAGGCCGAGGCCGCUCGGGCUCGCAAGUCCGCCACGGAGUCCGAGCGCAAGGAGCGCGAGGCUCGGGAGAAGGAAGAACAGUACUGGCGUGAAGCCGAGGGCACCAAAUCCCGCGCUGCCAAGAAACGGGAGGAAGAAGCUGAGAAACGAGCCGAAGCUGCGGCUCGACGCGCUGAGGCUCGCCGUUUAGCCGAGAUGGAAGAGAAGGAGAUCGACAAAUCGAUGGCGAAACCUGAUAAGAAGGCGAAUCGUGUGGCUGUUCCAGUUCCGAAGGUGACAGAGGCGGAGCUAAGGAAGCGGCGAGAGGAGGAGCAGGCGGAGCUGGCUAAGAAAGCGGAGGAGAUGAAGCGGAGACAAAGCAGAACUGCGGCGGAGGAGGACUAUGAGAAAAUGGUGCUGGUCACAAAUACGAACCGCGAUGAUUCAAUUAUUGAGGCGAGAAAUGUGGAGGAUGCAAUUGCGCAGAUGACAGUCACUGACAGCUUGCCAGUUGAUAAGCAUCCUGAGAGGAGGCUCAAGGCCUCGUUUAAGGCUUUUGAAGAAGCUGAGCUUCCUAGACUCAGGGAAGAAAAACCAGGCCUUACUCACAACCAAUACAAGGACAUGAUAUGGAAGUUAUGGAAGAAAUCUCCUGACAACCCUCUUAAUCAGAUUGAUGAGUAAAUGCUGUCGCGUUUACAGACUAGAUAGUGGGCAGCAAUUCCUUGAAGUUUAUUGCUACAGAGUGAUCCCUUUGUUCUGUUGUCAAGGGUGUUUUGCAAGUUUAUGAGCUUAUCUGGCUUAUAACAUGUAAUUUUUUGCCUACCAGUUUUGGAUCUUCUGCUUGUACUUAAAAAACUGAUUGAAAUAAUGAUGCGAUAUGUUUAUUACCUUGACCAAAGUGGGGCUCUUAGUUCCAUUGCCAUAACACUGGACUUGAUAUAAGGUAUUUUCUUCUUUUCUCCUCUUCUCAAAGGCAGCAAAGAAUUUGGCAGUGCAUAUGCAAAGAAAUGAUAGCGGUUUGGAAUCGGAAUGUGUAUUAUUAUUAUGUUCUUUGUUAUAAAGGUAACAUGACGAUAAGAAUACCUGGCUUAGGUGGCAUUAUUUAUUUGUUUAUUUUGCUCCUGUAAAGUAAUGAUAUCAUGGUACAUAUUAAUUUUUUAUCAGUGGUGUAACCUGGAGAAUAAUUCAACCAUACAUGUGAUCAUUGUGUGUACUGUUUCCCUGA